CGAGUCUGCGUGUUGGCGGAGGCGCCAUACAACUUCUUCGUAGAUUUUAGAGUCUGUCGUGCUCUCUUUCCCGUCACAGUUUGGAUUUCCAUCCUGAGCGAUCUGAUAUCGAAUAAUCUCAAAUACGAACGCGGACGAAAUGCCUUCGGUUCGUCGGAUGAUCCUUGGUCACGUUAUGUCCGGCUUGCACAACAAAAUGAAUCGCACAAAGAAGUUUAAAGGUGAUAUACUUGAAACUCGAAUGAAACGAUGUCUCUCCACAUUCGACAUCACGCUGCUCGGCGUGGGACAUAUGGUUGGCGCUGGAAUUUACGUUUUAACCGGAAUGGUCGCUCACAAUUUAGCUGGUCCAGGCGUAAUAUUGAGUUUUCUGAUAGCUGGUGUAGCUUCUUUAUUAGCAGCGCUGAGUUACGCUGAAUUCGGGGCGCGGAUACCAAAAGCUGGGAGCGCUUACAUUUAUACAUAUGUUACGGUCGGAGAAUUCUGGGCUUUCGUAAUUGGAUGGAAUAUUAUAUUAGAACAUAUGAUUGGCGCGGCAUCCGUGGCCAGGGCCUGGAGCGGAUACGUCGAUUCAUUGGCAGGAGGUGCAAUCAGCAAUUACACGCGACAAAUAACGCACGGGGGUACCAUGGGAGACUUGAUGUAUUACGGGCUUGGAUCUGUCCCAGAUUUCCUAGCCGCUGGAUUGUGCCUGGCUUACGCGAUGCUAUUAGCAUUGGGCGUUAAAUGCUCGGCAAUGGUUAACUCUUUACUCACCAUCGUCAACUUAUGCGUGAUGGCUUUGGUGAUCGGUCUAGGAUUUUUCUACGCGAGAAUUUCUAACUGGAGUAGCGAAAACGGAGGAUUCCUGCCUUACGGCAUGGGAGGGGUGCUGGCAGGCGCGGCACCAUGCUUUUACGCGUACGUGGGAUUCGACUCAAUCGCAACUUCCGGUGAAGAAGCACGCGAACCUAUGAAAAGCAUACCGCGAGCGACAUUAGUUUCGAUGGCAAUGGUAACCGUCGGAUACGUGUUGGUUGGCGCCGCUUUAACUUUAGUGGUGCCGUAUUGGGACAUCAAACCCGCAGCAGCCCUUCCCGAAGCUUUUGCCUCGAGGGGAGUACCGUGGGCUAAAUACGCGAUAAGUGUUGGAGCUUUGUGCGGAAUGACGACAACCCUUUUCGGAUCUCUUUUCGCAUUGCCUCGAACAAUGUACGCGAUGGCGAACGAUGGUCUGCUUUUCGGAUUUCUGGGCCAUAUCAACGAACGCACCCAAGUUCCGGUCCUCAACUUGGCAAUCAGCGGUGCCCUCAGUGCCUUAAUCGCUUUACUCUUCGAUCUUCAAUAUCUAGUCGAAUUCAUGUCUAUCGGCACAUUCCUGGCCUAUACUAUAGUUUCAGCGAGCAUAAUCGUUCUAAGAUAUCGCCCUGAAAAGAAUACACCACCACCGUCGAAUGCUGGUACACCCAGUAGUGUAACGUCACCUCCCACCGAGGGACCCGAUUCCAACAGCGAUUGCAAUAGCGUUAUAUCUGCAGAAUCCGAGCUCCUCGAUUUGAGCGAAGGUACUGGUAAACUUAAACCACGGUACGUUUGGUUGGGUAACUUCUUGGGCAAUUGCAAACCAGGAGAUGCAGUGACCGGCGCGGUAGCAAUGUACGCAGCUGGUUGUAUUUCCCUUUAUCUUUCAUUAUUAUUGAUAUCCCAAGCGUACAUCGUACCAUCAUGGUGGGACUAUUUAGUCCUGGUAAUCGUUGUUCUGGUAUUGGUUGGAAGCCUGCUCGUUAUCGGUGCGCAUCAACAGAAUCCUCCGACUGGCAAAUUCCGCGUACCCAUGGUGCCUUUAGUACCAGCGCUCAGCAUUUUGUUCAACAUAGGACUUAUUUGCCGCUUAUCUUUUCUAACAUGGUUCCGAUUCCUCGUAUGGAUGGUAAUCGGCAUGUUAAUAUACUUUCUGUACGGAAUUCACUACAGCAAAGAAGCAUCGAGUCCGAAUUCGUAUUCGAUUUUGAUGGCGACAUCGGAAGCUGGUCGGGGUGCAAAAUGGGGUGCCACGUUACGGGUGAACAAGAAAAACGAUAAAGUUCCGAUCUUGAAUGAAGAAGAUUUCGUGCACUAGGAGUGUAAAGGUUCAACGGAAUUGUAUAAUAAAGCAUGCCAAUCGAUGGGAAAUGUAAGUAAAUUAUAUUAUGUAGAAGAGUUAGAGUUCA